UACAGCUAUUGAAGCUGACAUAACACUGACUCUCUCCCCUGUUCCACUCCGAUCUACUCUUUCUCUCUUCUCUUCAAACACACAGCAAUGGCCAACACAAUUAUCAUCACCAUCUCCUCCUAUUUUUUCGCGACACUUCUCUUCCUUCAUGCUGCCACUGCUUCCAUUCACGCUCAAAUAAAAGUGACUAAAAACCCUGCGGACAAGUUGGUAGCUGUGAUUAAUGACAACAGAACUGCUCAUAAGGCAUCAUCUUUAUACGAUAACCCAGGCCUGGCCUGCAUUGCUUUACAAUACAUCAAGGCAUACCAGGGAGACUGUGGUGCUGUGGGAGGACCUGAUGCCAAGAAGCCUCCGGAAUCUCAGUUUGCCGAAGUUUUUGCCCCAAGUUGUGGUGUUAAGGUAUCAAGUCUUGGUCCCAUAACCGGCCGGUUCCUAGGGUGUCAAACGAAGUAUGUCCAUGCACCUGAGGCAUUCUCCGAAAUCCUGAUAAGAAACCAGAAAAGCUUAGACAUACUUUAUAGUAAGAAUCACACUCAGGUUGGAGCUGCUGUUACAGGAACUGAUGGAGGUUCUCCUUAUUUCUGGUGUGUUCUGUUCAGCAGUGGCAAACCUAACAGCACCUUCACCUUUGAGGAUGGUGUGGCUAAAAUAUCGAAGCCUGGUUGCUUUAGCGGUGCGAAUGAUGAGUGCAGUGGUGCCCAUGGUUGGUCUCCAAUAAGAGGGAUGUGGCUACUUGCCACUUCAAUUCUGGUUGCCUUGGGGAUUGCUUUGCCAUUAUGAUCUAAAAAUUGAGAUGAUUUUUGUAUGGAUUUCCACUUUGAUCCAAAGGCCUUUGUCAUGUUUAUUGUA